AUGGGUCAAGGUCGCCGUAUGAAGAAGCAGGGCAUUCCUGAGCCCCUCGACGAAUCGCUGGUGACGAGGAAGCGUAAAGAUGCGCCUGCGCCUGCCGAACCAGAGCGCAAGAAGAGAAGUAGGACAGCUGCAAGGGAAGCUAGAGAGGCCAAGGCGAAGGCUCAGCCAAAGACAAGAGUCGCUGGAAAGCCCGUAAAGACGGCUGCUGCUGUUGUCAAUGGAGCAAAGGCCAAAGCAAAGGCCGCAAAGGCUGCUCCGCCUCCACCGUCCGAUGACGAAGACGACGAAGAUCUUUCCGAAGACGACUCUGAAAUGAUGGACGAUUCCGAUAUCAACGUUACCGGACUCGAUGCGCUUGGUAGCGCGUCCGAAGGCGAAGAGUCAAUCGACGAAGACGAAUUCGACUCGGACAUUGUAGACUCAGAUACCAAUAUCAGGAAGGGUGCUGCGAUGUGGUCCGAAGAUGAGGACGACUCAGAUGCCGAGGAGAAGCUUACAGCAGCCAACAUUGCUGGACUUUCUAGGAAGUUGGACGAGCAAAAGGCGAUUGAAGAGGCCGAGGCGCAAGCUGAAUUGGAAGAGAACAUGCAGACCAAUAUUGUCGGAGAGAGGCCAAAGAUUCUCGAGGAUGAGGAGGACGAAGAUGGCAGGCCGAUUACGAACCUCGUCAAUCAGGACAUUCAAUUACUGAGGACAAGAUUGACCGAUACCAUUCGUGUUUUGGAUGAUUUCAAGAAUCUGGCUGAGGAGGGCCGAAGCAGGGCAGAGUACAGGGCAUCGCUUCUCAAGGAUAUCUGCGCUUACUACGGCUACUCCGAGUUCCUAGCAGACAAGCUUCUGAGCCUUUUCCCGCCUCGCGAAGCUCAAGCUUUCUUCGAGGCCAACGAAACCCCACGACCCAUCGUCAUCCGCACUAACACCCUCCGUACUCACCGAAGAGAUCUCGCACAAGCACUCAUAAACCGUGGUGUGCAACUUGAGCCUGUUGGCAAGUGGUCAAAGGUCGGACUUCAAAUCUUCGACGCACAAGUGCCGCUGGGUGCUACGCCGGAGUAUCUCGCCGGACACUACAUUCUACAGGCUGCUUCCUCGUUCUUGCCCGUCAUGGCUCUUGCGCCACAGGAGAACGAGAGAGUACUAGAUAUGGCUGCUGCUCCCGGUGGUAAAACAACACAUUUGGCAGCACUCAUGAAGAAUACAGGGUGCAUCUUCGCCAACGAUGCCAACAAAGAUCGUGCCAAGGGUCUGAUAGGAAACAUACACCGUCUGGGCGCAAGGAACGUGAUCGUUUCCCACUACUCGGCUUUGGAGUUCCCUAGAGUCAUGAGUGGCUUUGACCGUGUGUUGCUCGAUGCGCCUUGCUCCGGUACUGGUGUUAUCGCCAAGGAUGCUAGUGUCAAGACCAAUAAGACCGAGGCCGAUUUCAUGAAGCUGCCUCACUUGCAGAAGCAAUUGCUGCUUGCUGCCAUUGACUCCGUCAACCACCACUCCAAGACGGGCGGUUACAUUGUUUACAGUACUUGUUCCGUUACUGUCGAGGAAAAUGAGCAGGUUGUACAGUAUGCGCUUAACAAGAGGCCGAAUGUCAAGCUUGUUGAGACUGGUCUUACUUUUGGUAAGGAGGGUUUCACGAGAAUUGGUGGCAAGACUUUCCAUCCGUCGAUGAAGAUGACCAGGAGGUACUAUCCUCAUACUUACAAUGUCGACGGUUUCUUUGUCGCCAAGUUCAAGAAAAUUGGCCCUACACCACCUAAUGCAAUUGGCGCCAAUGAGGCUACCAAGACCAACGGUACAGGCAGCUCAGACACAACCACUGAGAUUGAAAUCAUUGAUCGUACUCCCAUCGGCGCCGACAGUGACGAAGAAUCAGAUUUUGGUGGAUUUGAUGAGGAAGAGGAUCAGAAGUACAUCGAGAAAGCUCAGGCCAAGUCGAUGCGCAAGAAAGGCAAGGAUCCCAGGGCUAUUGUACCAAAGGCGGAGAAGAGUACGAAUGGAGCAUCAAAAGAGAAGAAUGGCCAUGUGAGCGCAAAGGAGAAAGCGGGUCGCAAGGAGAAGAAGGGCGGCGGUGUUGAAGUUGCAACUGAAGUUGCGACAAAGGAAAAAUCUAAUGGUGUUAAGGCGAAAGAGACAAAGGUUGAGUCGAAGAAGGGGCGAAGAAAGAGUGGGGAAAAGAAGGGUAAGGCGUAG